AUGCAGAAAUCAGCAUUUGAUGCUGUUGCUGCUUCAAACAAUAUCAAGAAAUACAUUGACAGUAAGAUGUUCUACUGCACAUUUGAUUUAGAUCAAAUAUUUCAAAUUCUUCGUGUUGCCAAACUAACAAUUGAGCAGGCAACUGCAAUAAUGCAGCAGUCUCAGGAUAAAUACGGCCCAGCAGAUGCAUUCAAUAUCUUUAGACAUUGUAAUGUUGAACUUGGAACCGAUAGUAAUAAGAUUUUGGACUAUUUUGAGACAUUAUACAAAGUAUUAAAAGCAAGACCGUUCAGACAUAUGUUCAACUACAUUAGCGAUCUUGCAGAUAAGUCAAAUCUAAUGGUUGAAUCCGCAAUAGAAAAAUGCGAAUUUAAUCUUCUGAAAAGUCAACAAACUUCAGCGAAAUCAUCACCCAAUAAGAAAAUUAAUAAUGAAUCUAAGAGCCCCAAAGGAAAAAACUCUGGAAAUUCGAUCGAGUCAAAUAAUGAAUUACAGGAAUUGAAAAAAUCUUGCUCAAAUAAGGAUGAAGCUAUAAGAAAUCUACAAGAGGAGCUCAGACAGAGAGAAAACGCCAUAUCUGAGAACAAAAAAUUGAUUAUUGAGCUCCAAAACUCGAUCACAGAAGCCAAUACAGAGCUAAAUCUCAAGACAUCUAGAUUAACAAAAGUUGAAAAAGCAAUAAAAUACCUAGAUGUUGAGUUGAAGAAAAAGGAAGCCCAAAUCAAAUUCCUUCAAGAGCAAAGCGGAGCAGCUAUGAAUAGAUUACAAGGAGAUGAUACAAAUCUUCUUGAAUUACAGCAAUAUCAGCCAAUUAAUGAUGAUCAUGAGACUUUUGAAUCUGUUUUUAAUAUAAUAGAUAGGAGUUGCAGCAACAAUGAUUCAAGUGCGAUCACAUAUGCCAUAGUAAAUGGAUUCUGUGAUAUUGCGUUUGGCCAAAACACGAUUUUAAGUUUCGCAGCUCAAAAUUCUAAACCUUACAUGAUUGAAAAAUUGAACAACUCUGGUUACACUAUAUUCGAGAAGGAAAGUGCUUUAUCUUCCAUUGUUUUUGGCUUUUGCGUAAGUGAUUGCAUUGAUGGCAUCAAGUUUAUUUUCCAACAUGUUGAUGUCAAUAGGAGAUAUCCAUCAUUCCGCAACAAUACUCUAUUAAACAUUGCUGCCAAAAUUGAUGCGAUAAACAUUGUUAAGUAUCUUUGUUCCAUCAAAGGAAUAGAGGUUACAGCGAAGGAUGAUGAUGGAGACACUUCAAUCCACUGGGCUGCAGAAGGAGACGCUUUGAACGUCAUGAAAUAUCUUGCUCAGCUGCCAAAUAUCGAUUUGAACAUGAAAGAUAAGUUCGGAGAAACACCUUUGCACAGAGCUUGCAUCAGCUGUUCUUUGAAUGUCGUUAAAUAUCUCUGUAGUCAAGUUCAGGUGAGAGUGAAUGAGAAGGAUAAGAAAGGAAACACUCCACUUCAUCUCGCUUGCCAGUCAGGAGAAGAAUGUUAUGAAAUUGUGAAACAUCUCUGUUCUGUAAAAAGAGUUCUCAGAAAUGAGAAGAAUUUGGAUGGUAAAACACCAUCUUCGUUGUCAUCAAUUGAUAAUGUCAAGAAACUUCUUUCACCAAAACCAAUCAAAAGAUAA